AUCACCCUGGUCAGAAUCCAAUCUUGUUACAAACUGGAGAAAACAUUGAUACAGCUGGUAUUGUUAGACAUUUUAAAGGAUGGCACCCCAGCCUCCUCCGAAGCCAUGGGAUAGACGGAUUCCAUCCGCUUUUCAGUCUUCAGAUUUAGGACCAAGUGUUCUGACAAGACCAGGACCCCCUGUCCUUGCCAGAGUCCCUCCACCGGUUCCCUCUAGAUCAUCUCGGCAGAUUGAAGGCAGCAGCCUGACAGGCUACAGACCAGCUUACAGCUCCCUUUCUUCUUCAUAUAGCCCCUAUGGUAGCUCAUUAUAUGGCGGCAUUGGUGGCUACAGCCCAUUAAGCUAUGGUUAUGCGGGAGGCCUGGGGUACAACAGGUUUCGAAACAAUGAAAUUCCAUCCAGCCGGUUUGUGCAGCAUGCGGAGGAGAGCAGUAGAGGGGCCUUUCAGUCCAUCGAGAGCAUCGUCCAUGCUUUCUCCUCCGUUAGCAUGAUGAUGGAUGCUACCUUUUCAGCCGUUUAUAACAGUUUCAGAGCGGUGUUGGAUGUAGCCAACCAUUUCUCAAGGCUCAAAGUCCAUUUCACCAAAGUGUUUUCUGCAUUUGCAUUGGUCAGGUCUCUGCGCUACCUGUACAGGAGACUGCAGAGGCUAAUGGGCCUGCGGAAAGACUUGGAGGCUGAAGACCUGUGGUUGGACAGCACCGGGUCAGAGGUUGCUGCCGGAGCCAAUGAAAAAGCUGCUAACUCUGUCAAGUCCUGGCCAAUCUUCCUGUUUUUCGCAGUUGUUCUUGGAGGACCUUACCUCAUAUGGAAGCUGCUGAGUUCUGUUGACGGGUCUGAAGAAACAGGUUCCACAAACUGGUCGAACGGAGACGAUGACCAUGUGGUUGCAAGGGUGGAAUAUGACUUCAGUGCUGCCUCAAAAGAAGAAAUUUCUGUUCGUGUUGGGGACAUGCUGAAUCUGGCUCCAAAGGAACAACAGCCUAGAGUGCGUGGCUGGCUCUUGGCUAGUCUGGAUGGCCAGACAACAGGACUUGUUCCAGCCAACUAUGUUAAAAUUCUUGGCAAAAGAAGGGGAAGGAAGCAAGCAGAACUGGAGAGGAUUGCAGAGCAACAGCAGUUGUUUAACAACACGCAGCAAACUGCAGGAGCAGUGGGACCAGUUGAGAUCCUGGCAGACCAGGAGGUAGCAUUCGAGUCCGUGUUCACAGAGACACGAGGACAUUCAGGAGGGCUGUCCAGUCCAGAGUCUGUGGUUGUUAUUCCUGAUCAAUUAGAUCUGUGAAAUCACACAUCACAAAAUAUUUUUGUUGCUGAGGGCAAAUAAGACUUCAACUUAAACCAUUGUUGGAAAAGAGAAUCUACAAAAAGGCAGAACAGAUGCUUAUGAUGUAAACAUUUAGAUAACAUAAUUGCAAAAAAAAGUCUGUUCAAAAAUAAGUAAACUGGUCAAAUUUUGAUUUAUAUUUGAAAUUGGUAAACCUCAAAAAUAAAAUUAUUGCAUUCAAAUAUGUAGCAGGCUUUUUAGAGUAAGCCACAAAUAUAGACAGGUAUUUAUACUAGCAAGAACCUUUAUCUAAAGAAACUGAAUAGUGCUUUCCUUAUUGCUGGUUUUAUUGGCCCCAUUAUUAAUACUAAAUACAAUACAAAAUUAGAUUUUGAUUAUUUCCACUGCAGGCUGAUCAACUAAAGGUUACAUUAUUUAGGUCUGCCACUUUAGAUCAUUAAAAUGAAGUCCUUUUUAGUUUAUAAAAAGAAAGAAAGUUAAUUUUUUAAGCUGUAAAUGUUUUUAAAUCAUCCUUUUUUGUAAUUUUAUACCUGUGUAACUUACAAGAACCAAUAAGUUCUGUUUUAUGUAAGUCAGAAAUUUGCACACUGUAACUCAGUCAUGCCCUUUAAUGACAUAUUUGUUUUUUGUCUUUAAAAAUAAAUAAAUAAAUAGACAUGUACAGUAGUA